GGAUCCCGAUUCCCGAUUGUCUGAAUGCAGGUUCCCUAGGACCUGCUGGAGCAGCCGUCCGUGUUUAAACCGUCUCCUCUGAAGCGGUUGCUGCGCGGUGCAUGCGCCGGAUGCAGCAUGCGCCAGUUGGUGACUGUGUGACGCCACGCAGCUUAAAGAAAACAGGUGGACGCAGAGUCAGACAGUGACAGAGAGAGAGAGAGAGAGGGGUGAGGAGAGGGAGGGUGAGGGGGAGAGGCUGGAGAGAGGGAGAGAGCUGCAUGCAGUCCAGCCUCGCCGCCAGUCCGUCGCUGAAGGACACGCAGAGAGGAGAGACUUCACGGCAGCGCGCACAGACAGGCGGAGGAAAGCCGCCACUGGCCGCGUGGAGGAAGACGCCGAGCGGCAGCCGGAGGUAAAGCGGAAGCAGCACGAGGAGCACGAGGAGGCUCAUCUCUGCUCAGGCACCGUCACCCAGAGGAGCCUCACAGUCGACGGUGUCACUGCGACAGCGCGCACGAGCACAGUGGCUGCGUGCACGCGUAGCUUCCCGUCUCACGUGAAUUUGGAGUAAAGCUGGUUCACCUCGUUAUUCCUCUCCGGGACCGCGGAGCUGCGGAGCGGAGACGCAGAUGGGCCUCAUCAGGACCUGGUGCCGCCACCCUGAGCCCUCCAGGUAACCUCCCGCCCCAGAGCCCUGGCCGACCAGCUUCCUCAGAGGCGUCAUGGCAACCGCAUCUGUUCACAGUCUCAGCGGCCCAGAGACGCGUCAGUAACGACUCAGACAAACAGGAUUCUGGGCGAUUCAAUGGUUUUCGAGAGAGGAGUGGAGGACUGUGAUUCUGUUCCUGGAUCCUGAGAAGCAACAAGGAAAUCUAGAGCUGAAACACCUCAGUGCAGCGGAUGUAGCGGACGUGGUGUUUCGGGAAAAGACUGGAGCAAAAACUGACACGUUGCUGUGUUUCUCAAUUGUCGCCCCACAGGAGGCGACGCGCUAACAUGUAGCCACAACCUGCUGCCACUACCUUUCUUCUAACAUUCAUACGUGGCCAUCUUUUAGAAGCCGAUAAGCUGAGUGAGGAGUUGUACGGCGCCAGCAGGCUGCCGUCGGCCCCACGCUUCCUAUUUUCAUCUCUAAUCUUUGAAUUCUGAGUAAUCAUCUUUUUAAUUAAUGGCGACGGUGGCGUGAAAUCUUCCCCGUCACCCCCAUCCCCACUCUCCUUCCCGCUGCCGCCAGACACCUGAAACCAAUUAGCAACAGCCGAUCGAGAUGGGGGAUUAGACACAGGAAGAACAGGAGAUUAGAUUCCGACACAGAGGAAAGUGAGAAAGAAAAGAGAGGAGGGAUCAAAAAAGUGGCAAGAAGAGGUCAGGAGGGGUUAAAGGGAAGCUGUCAGUCAGUCAGCUGAUCAAUAAGGAGGCGGGGAGGCCGAGGAUAUGAAGCGCAGAUAACAAGCGGCUAGGAGUCAGCAGGUGGAGGCCACGGCGGGAGCCCCGAGGCCUGACUGACAGGCUCCUCACAGCCUGCGACUCAUUGUCAUUCUCUGCAGUGAGCGAGCGCACAGAGAGGAGCUGCUGGACGCCGGCCAUCUUCAGGCCAAUUAAGGGAAUUUGAUUAUAUGCCUUAAUCUUGGCAGUCAGGUGGAAAAGCAGAAAGGAAGAGAAAGAGGAGGCAGAGCAGGUGCCACCGAUACGCACCAUUAUCUCAGGCUGUAAUUGAGUUGGUUUGUGCCCCAGUCACUGAAAUCGCUCUUUCGGACCUAGAGACCUCCUUCCACAGUCGCCUCUAUAGGAACCAGAGAGACACUGCGGCUGAGCUGAACUGCUCUGCUCCCCAGGUCCAGCUGUGGACGGUUCUGCUCAGGGCUGCCUUACCCGACCCGACCCUCUGAUACCGGCUCCUGGUGUCGUCAUCUCCUUUCAGUGGCGGUACAGGCAGCCAGCAGACCGUUCUCCAUGAGGAGCGGUGGAAGAUGCCGGCUCUGCCAGCACUGCUGCUGUCGAUUUACGCGGUGGUCCUGCUGCUGACUGUGGCGCCGCUGUUCUUCAGCCGGGCCGACACCCUGUCUGCUGUCCGGAUGGCCGCCAUUUUGGACGACCAGUCGGUGUGCGGCCGCGGCGAGCGUCUGGCUCUGGCGCUGGCGAGGGAGAACAUCAACAGUCUGAUGGAGGGAUCGUCCCAGGCCAGAGUGGAGGUGGACGUGUACGAGCUGCAGAAGGACUCCCAGUACGACACCACUGACACCAUGUGUCAGAUCCUGCCGAAGGGCGUGGUUUCAGUGAUCGGCCCCGCCUCCAGCCCCGCCUCCGGGUCCACCAUCAGUCACAUCUGUGGGGAGAAAGAGAUCCCCCACGUGAAGAUCGGUCCGGAGGAAACCCCCAAGCUGCCGUACCUGCGCUUCGCCUCGGUGACGCUCUACCCGAGUAACGAGGACAUGAGUCUCGCCAUCGGCUCCAUCUUGCGUUCAUUCGGCUUCCCGACGACCAGCCUGAUCUGUGCCAAGGCCGAGUGCCUCCUGCGGCUCGAGGAGCUGGUCCGGCGCUUCCUCAUCUCAAGGGAGACGCUGUCGGUUCGGAUGCUGGAUGACAGUCUGGACCCUACGCCGCUGCUGAAGGAGAUCCGCGACGACAAAGUGGCCACUAUCAUAAUCGAUGCCAAUGCCUCCAUCUCAUACCACGUCCUCCGGAAGGCCAAUGAGCUGGGGAUGAUGUCGGCCUUCUACAAGUACAUCCUCACCACCAUGGAUUUUCCUCUGCUCCGACUGGACGACGUGGUGGAUGACCAAUCCAACAUCGUGGGCUUCUCCAUGCUGAACAGCAGCCACCCUUUCUACCUGGAGUUUAUCAGGAGCCUCAACCUGUCCUGGAGGGAGGGCUGUGACAUCAGCCCGUACCCCGGCCCCGCGCUGUCGUCGGCCCUGAUGUUCGACGCGGCUCAUGUGGUGGUGAGUGCCGUGCGGGAGCUGAACCGCAGCCAGGAGAUCGGAGUGAAGCCGCUCAGCUGCACGUCUCCGCUCAUCUGGCAGCACGGGACCAGCCUCAUGAACUACCUCCGCAUGGUGGAGUACGAUGGUCUGACGGGUCACAUCGAGUUUAACAGCAAAGGCCAGAGGACCAAUUACACCCUAAAGAUCCUGGAGAAGCGUCCAGCUGGUCACAAAGAGAUUGGUGUCUGGUUCUCCAACAACACCUUGGCCAUGAACUCCACCUCCCUGGACCUCAACGCAUCAGAGACGCUGGCCAACAAGACUCUGAUUGUCACCACAAUACUGGAAAACCCGUACGUGAUGCGCAAGUCCAAUUACCAGGACUUCCAGGGAAGCGAGCAGUACGAGGGCUUCUGCGUGGACAUGCUGCGGGAGCUCGCCGACAUCCUGAAGUUCUCCUUCAAGAUCAAGCUGGUGGACGACGGCCUGUACGGAGCCCCGGAGCCCAACGGCAGCUGGACCGGCAUGGUGGGGGAGCUCAUCAACAGGAAGGCCGACCUGGCCGUGGCCGGCUUCACCAUCACCUCGGAGAGGGAGAAGGUGAUCGACUUCUCCAAGCCCUUCAUGACUCUGGGCAUCAGCAUCCUGUACCGCGUUCAUCUGGGCAGGAAACCGGGCUACUUCUCCUUCCUGGACCCGUUCUCCCCGGCUGUCUGGCUCUUCAUGCUGCUGGCCUACCUCGCCGUCAGCUGCGUCCUCUUCCUGGCUGCCAGACUCAGCCCGUACGAGUGGUACAACCCCCACCCGUGCCUGCGGGAGCGGCGGGACUUCCUGGAGAACCAGUACACGUUGGGGAACAGCCUGUGGUUCCCAGUGGGCGGCUUCAUGCAGCAGGGCUCAGAGAUCAUGCCCCGCGCUCUGUCCACGCGCUGCGUCAGCGGCGUCUGGUGGGCGUUCACGCUGAUCAUCAUCUCGUCCUACACGGCCAACCUGGCUGCGUUCCUUACCGUGCAGAGGAUGGAGGUUCCCAUUGAGUCUGCGGACGAUCUGGCCGACCAAACCAACAUCCAGUACGGCACCAUCCACGGAGGCUCCACCAUGACCUUCUUCAUGAACUCACGAUACCAGACGUACCAGCGAAUGUGGAACUACAUGAACUCCAAGCAGCCUAGCGUGUUUGUGAAGAGCACAGAGGAAGGCAUUGCCCGCGUGCUCAACUCCAAGUACGCCUUCCUGAUGGAGAGCACCAUGAACGAGUACUACCGCAGCCUCAACUGCAACCUCACGCAGAUCGGAGGGCUGCUGGACACCAAAGGCUACGGCAUCGGCAUGCCCCUGGGUUCUCCGUUCAGAGACGAGAUCACUCUGGGCAUCCUCCAGAUGCAGGAGAGCAACAGGCUGGAGAUCCUGAAGAGACGCUGGUGGGAGGGGGGGCAGUGCCCCAAAGAGGAGGAUCACCGGGCCAAAGGUCUCGGCAUGGAGAACAUCGGAGGAAUCUUCGUGGUCCUGAUCUGUGGCCUCAUCAUCGCUGUCUUCGUGGCCAUAAUGGAGUUUGUGUGGUCCACGCGGCGCACGGCUGAGACGGACGAGGUAAACCUUCAUCCUCCUCCUCCUCCUCUUCCUCUCCCGUCCUCCACCCACGGCCUCAAGCUCAGCUCAGAGUCUUCAGUGUCCGUCUGCCAGGAGAUGCUGACGGAGUUCCGGAACGCCGUCUCCUGUAGGAAGAAUUUGCGUUCUCGGCGCCGGCGGCCUCUGAGCAGCGCUGGGGGUGGGGUUCUGCGCCCCCCGUCCCGCCUGGCUCUGGCGGCCCCCCGGCCCAUCCGCCUGGUGCGGGAGAUGCGUCUCAGUAACGGCAAACUGUACAGCGGUGCCGGUCCGCUGACGGGGGCGCUGUCAGGGAUGGGGCCGGGAACGGGAGGAUUCCCAGAUUUGGGCCCCGGCCCCCAGAGGCUCCUGGGGGCCGCUCUGGGCGCCCACACGCCCACGCCCCCGCCCCCUCCUCCGGCGUCCGUCCUGGCCCCGCCCACCAGCGCUCGCAGCUUCCUGCAGAGCUGCAGCCACGUGCGCAUCUGCCAGGAGUGCCGGCGGAUCCAGAGUCUGCGGCCGACCUCGCUCACGCCUCCCCCACCUCCUCCCCCGUCCUCCUCUUCCUCCGCCUCCUCCUGCUCCAGGGUCCCGCCCUCGGCGCCUCCGCCGGGUCACCACCUCCGCCACAACCCCCACCACCACCUCCACUACCACCACGGCUCCAUGUCGCUGCCCCGCCUCCCGCCGCCCCCUCCCCCCAUUCACACAGACAGAGCUGACAGCGAUGGGGGCGGAGGGGCAGCGAGCCCACGACGGGCCGCAUCCAAACCAGCACCUCCGCCCAGACCUCUGCCCCCGGCCAAGACGCCCGCACACCCACCCACAGACUGAGAGGAGGUGUAUUAUGAGGAGGGGUCUGCAAACGGUGCCGAUACACCAGUGACACAGUCAGUUCUCUCCAAACGCCUGUCGGAGGGAGGGGGGGUUCAUUAGAACCCAGCAGCUCAUAGCAGGAAGCUUCUACAGUGGCUGGACUGAACUCCUCUUUGCUUUGGACCGGGCCUGCGUGGGGAGGAGAGCAGCCACAUUCAGUUCAUUCAGGAGUCAUCAGCCUCAGAGCCAAGCGAGCCGGACUCAGACCUGAACACUGAGCCCAGGGUCCGGCUGCAGAGCGGUUCUGCUGGGGGAAGCUGGGCUGGGGUAGUUCUUGCUUUCAGCAGAUUUGUCCUUCAGCCUGUGUCCAUGUCUGCUCCUCUGGUUUAAUGAUCUGAUCAGUGAACUACCUCAGCCCACUUAUCAUUUGUUGGAGGUUUAGAAGUUCUCAUCCAUCCUAAUGUUUUGAAGCUAACAUCAUGGAGAUUCCAUAUGGUGCCACAUUUAAGUGCUGUCCACGGCACCAUCACCUGGUUGUGGUGAAAGUGCUUUUUCAUGCACAUUGUCACCAGAUCAGCUAGAGACGUGGUUCCUGUUGCCCUGGUAACAAGCAGUGCCUGGACCUCAUCCACAGAAAUGUAAAUGUAAAAUAUGUUUAAAUGGGUGAUUUUUGUGUGUGUGUGUGUGUGUGUGUGUGUGUGUGUGUGUGUGUGUGAGAGAGAGAGAGAGAGAGAGAGAGAGAGAGAGAGAGAGAGAGAGAGAAAAUGAAGAGUGUGUCCUGCAUACCUGUUCCUCCCCCCUCAGAUUUGUACCAGCAGAACUUAGCCGAGCCGUAGGGCAGAUGGACAUUACUGUGACGGCUCCACUCUGAUCGUUAUUACUGAUGAUGGUGUGUGAGGUGACUUCAGGAGGAGCUGGUCCUCUGAUGUUCGAUAUAUAGAAACAUGUUUGGAAUAAAAACAAUUAAAAAUGAUCAUUUAAUGUAUCAAAACAC